CUCCAGGCGAUCGUAAUUCGGAUUGUUAUAUCCACCAACACACCUCGCCUGAUAUACGUGCGGCGUAGGCAGUUGCGUCCAGACACGAUCCAAUCAGUCGUGCAUGACAAUAUCACUGAGCAGCUGGAUUUAGCAUUCAUUCGUAUUCAUGCGACGCUGUCUGAGCAGCGUGAACGAAAUCUCACACCAUGGCUCAUGAAGAACACACCCUCACCAAUGAUCCGGUCGACAACGGCACGAUCGCACCCAUUGCUCUUGUUCCCGACGACAUCCUACACCAAAUAUUCUUCUACCUUCCCAUAUCCCAUGUUUGUCGAUAUUGGCGUCAAUUUUCGCUCGCUUCGCCACGUAUGCACAAGCUAGAGGCCUACGUUGAACGCUCAAGGGACAUGCCCCUGUACGUAAAGUACACUGGCUCUGCGAACAACCCGAAGCCGGAUCCGUCGUGGGGGCGGAAGGGUGUCAUACUGGUUGACCAGACCUACCGCUUCGCCGAGCUUCAUGUCGCAGAGCUGCGGCGCGAAGACAUAACUGCCCUGCUCACGUUCCGCAACCCUGCACCCCUCCUCCGCAACCUCUCUCUGCAUGCCCCCAUGCAGGUGCUCGGGUUGUCCCUCUUCUCCCGUGAAUUGCCCUCCCUUCGCGAUAUCGAGCUUUCUGGCGUGCUGCUUGCGUGGCUGCCCUAUCGCAACAUGGAUACGAUGGUUCUUCAUAACCAGCUCGUCCCUUCCCUCGGCAGCCUUCUCACCGCGCUGAAGGACUGUCCAAAGCUGAAGGUCCUGAAGCUCGGUUUGCUUGGGGCCAUGGAGAACGCAGCCGUCAUGGGAUGCAUGACUGACGCAGGAGACCCUCAACCAGAGGUAGUCCACCUUCCCUAUCUCCAAGAACUCACUCUGAGCUCCAUGGUCCCGGUGGACAUAGCAAGCAUCCUUCAUCAUCUCGUCUUCCCAAAGACCACGGCGCUGGACCUGAAGUUCUACGGUCAUCAUAACCUCCCUCUCGAUCUCUCGACGCAGUGCCCAAAACAUCAUACUCGACUCAUCGGCGCUCUGGAAUGGUCGACACACAUCGUGCUACGCUCCGUGGACAAUAAGCUACGAAUCGAGUGGGAGUGGCACGAGGCGGGUGGGCUUCCAGAGAUUCUGGACACCGCCGGUUUUGCCGCUAUCACCUUCCCGAUCCUCAACCACCUGACUCUCAUUGCCAACUCGUUCAGACUGCUGGAGACACAAUGGAGGCAGAUCUUCGCUUGCGUGCCCACUGUCACGACGAUGGAACUCAACAUCCGCGACUCGAUGGUGUUAGAGCUCUUUAACGCUCUAUCCCGUGUCGCCGACACUGAAGGCGUGGACCACGAUACAUCCCUUUGCAUAUGCCCGAAGCUGACGCAUCUGAAGUUCUCCCGCCUUGACGAGCAACUGACGAUCUUGCGCGGGAUGGCUGAAGCUGUCGAGGGACGUUCUGCCCGCGGGGCCCGCUUGCACGCCAUCGAGAUCAUUUCUCGGACGGGGAAACAGUUCCCGCGAGAGAUCAAGACCAGGCUCAGGAAAUGCGUGGGCUCUGUGGAUAUCAAGCACGACGGGCUGUCGAUGGACUUCGGGUCCUUGUCAGCACAACUUUACGACUAGCGACGUGUAGUUACCGUACAACGCAUCGAAACCUCAUGACGCCGUAGAAUAUGGGAUGUUAGGCUCGAGCCAGUGACACUUUGCCCUGUCUCGAACCCACUGCGUGCUUGUUGUAAUGGAGAGCGUUCGCUAAUGUAUCACUGGGCCUGUGUGCGGCCAUUGCUUACUCGGA